AUGUCGAAGCCUCCAAACAAAAUCGAGCGUCAAGCACUCGCCGCAGAGACUCAGUCGCUCACUCCGGCUAUCCUCAACACGACCAGUGCCACCAACGAAGCAAUCUUAUACUCUCAACUCCUGCCCGCUCUCUCGGCUACAUCCACCGCAACCAAACCAAAACUCUCAGUCGUAAACAUGGACAGCUUCACAGCAGCCAAAACAAUCCUCGAUGCCAAUCCAUCCGCCAAAAUUGGAGUCUUGAAUAUGGCCAGUGAAAAAAAUCCUGGCGGAGGCUGGCUUCGCGGAGCCCUAGCGCAAGAAGAAGCCUUGUGUAUGCGAAGCACAUUGGCUGCGACGCUGUACAAACGAUUCUAUCCGAUUCCCGUCCUGGGGGCGAUUUGGUCACCCAACGUAGCGGUUUUCAGGGACGAGAUUGGGUCGUGGGGUCGUGUUUAUCAGCCUGAUGAGAUCUUUUCGGUGAGCGUCAUUAGUUUACCGGCUUUGAGGCGUCCGGCUCUGACGAUGGAUAAGAAACGGUUUGCUCGUCCGCAGGAUGUUGAAAUCCUGAAGAACAAAAUGCGACAGAUUUUCCGAAUUCUUGCGCAGAACAAGAUCACGCAUUGCGUGUUGGGCGCGAUGGGCUGCGGUGCAUUCCAGAAUCCCCCAGCCGAGGUUGCCAGGAUCUACAAGGAGGUUCUGGAGGAAAGCGAGUGGAAUGGUGUAUUUGAAGAGAUUAUGUUUGCCGUCCUGGAUACCAGGGGCGAGUCUAAUUAUGCCCUCUUUUCGAACGCCCUCGUUCCCACGAUAUAA